UCAUCCCAGAACGAGCUUCAUCUCUGCGACACAGCUCAACCCUAGCGAUCCCUGAAACCAAGCCAUCUCAUACAAGUUAUACAUUUACAGAAGAGGACGCUAUAAGCACUGUGUCUGGUUCGGUUGCUGAGUAUGGAUCAGACAUAAACUAG